AUGAGAGAGCUGGCCUAUGUUUUCGAUUUUGUUUUAGUGAUUUAUGCCUUUUUCGAACUCCACGCAACGAUUUUUAUCUUCACUGAGAAUUGGCUGCGAAUUUUCUUUGGAAUUAUUUCUUUUCUAACUUUAACGACAACUAUUUUCUCCAUCAAAUUUCACGAGUCGACAAAUCUUCGUAAAAAAGAGAGCUUCCUGCGAGUCUACUUUCUGGCCGGCGCUAUCCUUUUCAACCUCCAAAUGGCACUGUGCUUCCACAACUACUUCCUCGCCAAGGCCGACUAUCAAUCCUCAGCUUGCGAGUUUUGCUUUGAAAAUAUCGAGCCUUUUGCAAAGCGGAUUGAAGAGAACAAUUUGCUGCUCUGUAAUCGUCGGAUAUCAACCGGUAGGGAGAAACGAUCGCAUCGAGAGCAUCACGUUGAUCGACGAAAACACCUAAUUCCACCGCCGGAAAACAGCGCAAACUACGAGUUCUUUGCUUUGAAACACUUCAUGGAAAAAGUGGAAGACCAUCUGUUCAACGAGGAAUACGAUCUUUGCAAGGAUGAAAAGCUGACUGACGGAGAUAACGAUGAAAAACUCAAGGCGAAAGUUUUUUCGGCAAUUCUAGAAUCAUCAGACAACUGUCAAAUCGCAAAAAUCAACGGAGAAGACUACGCAUCACUAGAAGCCCUUCAUCAUUGCGCCUUCCCGCCAGAAACAGUAAAAGAACCUCACAUUUCCAUCCUCGUUGAUUUCUACACCGCGAAAUUCGCGUCCUCCAACAUCAGUGAUCGAAUUUUAGACGAAAAAGCUUUUUUGAUAUCAACAGUUGCCAUUUAUUCAUUUUAUCUAAAAAGUGUUUUUAUAACGAUUGCCAUGUGUUUUCAUUAUUUUCCUGUGCAGAAUCAAAAACAAUGA